AUGGAUAUCACAACCAUACAGAAAAUUGAGCUGCCUGCGGCGUUUGACGCCCAUGUGCACUUGCGCGAUGGAGAAAUGUCGCAGUUGGUUACGCCGACUAUUCGUAAGGGUGGUGUGAAUACCGUCUAUGUCAUGCCAAACCUUGUUCCACCCAUUACUACAGUGAAGCAAUGUCUCGAGUACCGCGAUCGACUAAAGGCCAUUGAGCCAAAUGUCGAGUACCUGAUGUCUCUCUACUUGCACGAAGACAUCACACCCGAGGUCAUUCGCGAAGCCAAAAAAGCCGGAAUCACGGGCGUGAAAUCGUACCCUGCUGGUGUCACUACGAACUCCUCCUCCGGCGUCCUAGACUACGAGACCUUCUACCCCGUCUUCGCCGAAAUGGAAAAACAAAACAUGGUCCUAAACCUCCACGGCGAAGUCCCUUCAACCCCCUCUCACGCCCCCCUCUCAAACGAAAAAAAGGACGCAAUCACAAUUCUCAACGCCGAACCCGCCUUCCUCCCCACUCUCCUCUCCCUCCACCAACACUUCCCCUCCCUCCGCAUAAUCCUCGAACACUGCAGCACCGCCGCCGCCCUCUCCACCGUCCUCUCCUGCGGCCCCUCCGUCGCAGGCACAAUAACCGCGCACCACCUCUCCCUCAUCAUCGACGACUGGGCCGGCGACCCAUUCUGUUUCUGCAAGCCUGUCGCUAAAACGCCGGAAGAUAGGGAUGCGUUGAUCCGUGCUGUGGUGACUAGCAAGGGUAGGUUUUUCCUAGGAACGGAUUCCGCACCGCAUCCACGGGUCAAGAAGAGGGGCGAGGAUAAAGUUGCAGCCGGCGUUUUUACGCAGCCGCAUGCGCUGGGGUAUGUGCUUGAUGCACUUGAGAAGGGGGUGGAGAGGGGGGUCAUCAGCAAGGAAGAGGUGACGCAGGAGGGGUUGGAGGGGUUUUUUGGGGCGUGGGGGAGGGCGUUUUAUCAGGUUGGGGAUAGCCGCGGGGAGAGGGUUGUGUUGAGGAGGGGAGGAGAGAGGAUUGUGGAUGUUUUGAAGAAUCAAGGGGGAAGUGUGGAGGUUGUGCCGUUUAGGAGGGGAGAGCAGACGUGGGGUGUGGAGUGGAAAUAA